UUUGAGGCGUUUUUGUGGCGUCAGAAAAGCUCGAUGUCUCCGUAUUAUGACUCAUUCAAAAAAGGGCCGUACUAUAAGUAUGAAUUUGUUUUUCUAAUGUAUUUUGGUUUCAGUUUAAUUCAUGACAGCAGCACGGCGUUGGAAGUUAGUGAUUGAUGCUCCUGUGCAAUAUGAAGAAUGGACGAAGACGAUGUGACUAUCAGAGAACAGAAUUUUCACAGCCAAGUUCGAGAGUACAUCAUCUGCUUCCUUCUGUUUGCUGUCCUCUACAUCGUUUCCUACUUCAUCAUCACCCGGUACAAGAGGAAAACUGAUGAUCAUGAAGAUGAAGAUGCCAUAGUCAACAGAAUAUCGCUGUACUUGUGCACCUUCACUUUGGCGAUCUCGGCCGGGGCGGUCCUGCUCCUGCCCUUCUCCAUAAUCAGUAACGAGAUCCUGCUGUCCUUCCCCAAAAACUACUACGUCCAGUGGCUCAACGGCUCCCUCAUCCAUGGGCUCUGGAACCUGGUUUCCCUCUUCUCUAAUCUCUGCCUCUUCGUGCUGAUGCCCUUUGCCUACUUCUUCCUGGAGUCGGAGGGAUUUGCUGGAUCAAAGAAGGGCAUAAGGGCUCGCGUGUUAGAGACCUUUGUGAUGCUCUUCCUGCUGGGGCUGCUCAUCCUGGGAAUAGUGUGGGUGGCGUCGGCCCUGAUCGACAACGAUGCGGCCAGUAUGGAGUCACUGUACGACCUCUGGGAGUUCUACCUGCCCUACUUGUAUUCCUGUAUAUCCCUAAUGGGAGGAUUGCUUCUUCUGAUGUGCACGCCGGUGGGGCUGUCGCGGAUGUUCACGGUCAUGGGCCAGUUAAUAGUGAAGCCGACGAUCCUGGAAGACCUGGAUGAACAAAUUUACUGCGUCCAUUUGCAAGAGGAAGCCCUUCAGAGGAGAUUAAAUGGGUCAGCCUCUCAUUCUCAGUGCAACGCUCUGCUUCUGCACAAGGAGCUGGACAGCGUCAGGAGUCAGAGGAACAAGCUGGAGAGGCGGAAGAAGGCUUCGGCGUGGGAGAAGAAUCUGCUGUACCCCAUUGUCAUGCUAAUACUCCUGACUGGAACAACAAUCUCUGUCCUUCUAGUUGCUCUCAACAUCCUGUAUUUAUUAGUGGAUGAAACUGCAAUGCCAAAGGGAUCAAAGGAACGAGGGAUAGGGAAUGCUUCCUUAUCAACCUUUGGAGUUGUCCAAGCUGCUGUUGAAAUCAUUCUGAUGUUCUACCUAAUGGUGUCCUCUGUCGUCGGCUUCUACAGCCUGCGCCUCUUUGAGGGCCUCACCCCGCGGAAGGACGACACCACCAUGACGACGAUCAUUGGAUGUUGCGUAUCGAUCCUUGUGCUCAGUUCAGCUUUGCCAGUCAUGUCCAGAACCCUGGGAAUUACAAGGUUUGAUCUUCUUGGAGACUUUGGGAGAUUUAACUGGUUGGGCAACUUCUACAUUGUCCUGUCUUACAACCUGCUUUUUGCCGUGGUGACGACACUCUGCCUGGUUCGAAAGUUCACGUCCGCAGUUAGGGAAGCGCUCCUGAAAGCUUUGGGUCUGGAUAAAUUGCACCUUUCAAACAGCCCCACGGACCCGGAGACAGCCAAGCACUCGGCGAACGGGCAUCAGAAGUCUCUGUGAGGAGGAGACGCGCCCGUAAUCAGCAGCAGCAGGAGGGAGAGCGAAGUGCGGCCAUCUCGUUCCGUCUCCCUCCUCCCCUCUGGACAGGCAUCGGGAGCAGGCCGAAGCCUGUGCGCCAUUACAGUGUCCGCCGCAGCCAUCUACAGCUGCACUGUGCUUUUCAUUUCAAAAAUAAGAAGAAAAAAACUUCAUUUCCCAGAAUGCAUCAGAACCAACUGCAAGUUGUCCUGCAGAAUGUGAUGAACACUUCCUGUUUGCUACCAGGCUUUGUUUAAGGAAGCAGAAUGGAACUUUUGGGAUUGGAGUUUACAGUAAGAGAAGCUUACAGAACACAAUUUUGGGCACUUCUGUCCACACUUUUUUUUUUAUUGGUCGCAGUUUGCAGAGUCUCUUGGCCUGUCGUAUGUCGUUUUGUUCUUUGUUCCCAUUUUGUUCUUUGACUAUCAUACACUUCACCUUCAAGUUACUAAGCGACACCCAAAUGCAGAACUUUGUUCUUUGUGUAAUAUUUUAUCAAUUGAAAGAACUUCAAGCGGUUAACUUGAAAACGUGUGAAUAGUUAAUGCACAUUUUACUUAAAAAAUGUUUUUUUUAAAAAGAACAAAAAAACUUUUAUCUUUAGAAACUUAUGCAUAGUUCCAGCACAUGUCUUUUCUUAAUGUUUGUUUGCAGUGGUGGGGAGCAUCAGUGGCAUAAAUAUAAAUACAGACCUAAAAUAUGAUGUGACUGACAUAAAACUGACAACAGUUUUAUGGUAGAAUCCAACACACACCACAUAGAUUUCCCUCUUUGUGUGUGUGACAUGAGGAAAUGAACCUGGUGGUAUCAGCUUGGCUAAGCCAUGCCUUCAGAUCGGUAUCCAGAACUAUCUGAGCAUUUGCAGUGACAGGUGUGCGCGGCGUUGAUGUGAAGCUUUGCGCUAUUUUAGGGACAGUCUCUCAGACCAGGAUCAAAGUGAUGGAUAUACAAAGAGAAUUUUAGUACUAGGAGCUGCCUUUUCACUCUGGAAAUUUUCUAAAUGCAAUGCCUUAUUUGAAAACCAUAAAAUGUGUACAGGUAUAUAAUUGCUUUUUUUUUUGGAAAAAAUGGACUGAAAUUGACUUUUUUUUUUUUUUUUUAAAGCGAAAGACACUGAUGUCAAAUAAAUCGGUCUUAACCGUCCUGUCAAUGCUGAACCGUAACGCCUCACAAACAGGGCAACAA